AUGAGUGUGGCAUGCCUUGACAGCGCGGUGCAGUACGACAAAGUAAAUGUCCCACGGGCGCAGAAGGAGCCUAAGGUCACGGCCCCAGCAGGUGAAGCGGCACAAGUAAGAAGCCCCACAGACCGGCCGGUGUUAUGGUGUGCUGUCACAUAUGACGUAAACAAACCUGCUGAUGUGCUGACGAAGGCCUAUGAGCCGGGAGAUGGCUUCCUGGCGCGGUUCGCGGCGGGGGCGUCGAACCGCGGCGCUCGAAUCCCGGACGCCGGCGGAGUGACAGGUAACAUGUUUCAGAGUAGCAGGUUGGAGUCAAUUUCGAACCCGGAGUUUGGGUGUCGAGUAUUACCGUCCCCGCAUUGGGUACCGACGGGAGACCAGGAACCCAGCGCCGCCGCCGACACGGACUUGGGUGUCGGUCGCUCGGGUGUACAAUCGGGCGACAGGUGUGUAAGCCAGUCUAGACGCACCAAGCCACGGCGGAGUGUAAUUGAAAUGUACCCGAGCAUUGAGAUGGCUUACGAACCAGAGCUGAGUCCGUUGGAAUUGCGGAUUGUGGGGCCGAAGUGUGAGGAGCGAACGACACGUGUCUUCCCUUCGAGCGGAUCAGGUUCAAGGACGACCAAAUAUGAUAAAGUGUUCAAGUUCUUUCCCAAACAGUAUAAAGCACCCGAUAUUCAAGAAAUACGUGUUCCUAUGACAAGAAUUCGGCCCAAAGAUGAGUUAGCGGUAUGGAGGACACAUCUGGCAAAGGUUGUGUCGCUUCUCACUCCUCGCUCGGGUGGAAACAUCUGCCGGCUGCAAGUGUCACUGUCAGAGAAUGUGAUUGAUGACUUGUUGUGCUCGACUGUGGCAACGGUGUCUUCCUUAGCCGACUUGAAUCCGAGUCUUUAUGAGAGGGAAUGUUGGCGAUGUGAUCCCGUGACGUGCGGCAUCCUCCUGUACACAGGACCGCCGGACAUGGCGGCCGCCCGUGAUGACGAAGGCAGCAGCGGGCACGAGGCGGGCGGGUCCAGCAUGGAGGAGGGGAGGAGCCCCAGGGAGGACACGCCCCCGGCUCCUUGUGCGGCGUUCUGUGGUCCGAGGGCGUGCUCCACCCUGCCUCCCAACAUCUCCACGCAGCAGCCCCAACCGGUGACGGAGCCGAAGCGACGGCGCCUGUGGGGGCUGCGAGGGCUGGUGAAGAUGUUCCGCCGCCGCGUCAGGAGGAGGGCGGGCGAGAGCGUGAGUCCGCAACCGUCGCACUCCGCGCUCCGGGCUCGGUCCACCUCGGAGCUGGCGGUGGAUAUUCAGCACAGCAGGAGCAGCGGCGGGCCCUACAACCAAGGCCUGAGUGUGUCCCACGACUCCGUCUUCACCCCGGACACCGCGGCCGACGGACACCACUCCCACUCCACGCCGCCUGCACUGGCCAUUGCAACGCGCGGGGUCAACAUGGCCGAGCUGAAGGCAGCGCUGCGCCGCCGCCGAGGGGACGACUCGGGCUCCGGCGAUGACGACCCGGGACUACCCCUCUCCCCCCCCACCUCCCCGACGACCCUCGACGUGCUCAACCACGGGCUCAAGAGUUGUUCACGGGCUACUCAAAGCACCUGCAGUGACGGCUCCCUCCUCUCCAUGGGAAGCUCCGAGAACGAUGAGGACUCGUUUGGCGCCGUCUCUCACCACUCGUCCAAAGUGUCUCUUCUGGAGGGUCGUCACCAAGUCGUAGUUCCGCCGGCGAGCCUGGAGUCUCCGCGCCGCAACGCCAGGAAAAGUUUUCUAAGCGACUCGAUCAUAGAUGGGCGUCUCGCGAGCCUGAUGUCCGACGCAGAAGAUCACGAGCCCGUGGCCGGCGCCGCGCCCCUCAGCCACCAGGCCGCCUUUCACAAGAUCUCCGUCAGGCCCAAGAGGACCCACGGCGCCCCCCGCAUGAGGAGGUCCACGCAGAUUGGUGGACAGAGGAGUCUUCCCACAACACCGGAAGUGAAUGAGGAUUCCAGUACAAAAUCUGGGACUCCCUCGAAGGUUCCUACGUCUGUCUCUCCAUCAACUCCUCCAGAGUUACCUUCUCACACUGCUUUUGAUGAAGAAAGCAGCCCCUCUCAUGAGCAGCACGUCAGCAUUGAGCGACGGGAUUCGGAAAAGAAGGAUAAAGAGGACAAGAAAGAUGAGCCUCUACUUCAGCGUCUGUUUGGCAGUGUGCGCUCAGGACGUCGGCGGUCGCGUGGCAAUGGUGACGACAGUCGGGAAAACAGUGUCAGUCCUCUCCGGAGAGGAGGAGACCAACGAGCCUCGAGAGAGAAAAGGCGAGACUCUUCUGGCUCAAGGUUCUCCAUGCUGGGGCGAGCCUCCACGAAGGCACACAAUGAUUCUCAUCCUCUGCCUCCUUCUGGUCGAGCAAGAGAUCCUAGUCGGGAGAGACCUUAUAAAGAGGCAUCAUCUUCGCCACCACAGACUCCACGCUCGUCAAGUGUAGAAGGACGGCUAGAGAGCACCGGUCCUGGUCAGCAAUCUGCUUUCCAAAUUUCGUCUUAUGAAGAUCGUCCCUCGAGGCCUUUCAGUGGGGUGCGGAAAGUGAAAAGCUUCAGAGAAGUUGCAGGACAGCCAGAGACGCAAAGAGAACCAAUACAUCGCAAAGUUUCAUCUCAGAGUAAUGUGGAGGAGAGAAUUAGCAUAUCUAGCAAGAUUUCAAGAAUAUCAGCUUCCUUUGAGAGUCUGGACAAUGAAAGUGACUCAAAGUUAACACACACUGCCAAUUCAAGUGGAACUUCUAGUACAGAAAUCUUGUCUACCUCACCACAACGUUCAUCAACAGACUCACUCACAAGCACACAGAUCCCUGGUGUAUUUAUACGUCAACACUCCCAGAACCAACACAGGGUCGGCAUUCCAAAGUAUCAAGAUCAGUUUCAACAAAGCCAUUAUUUGCAGCAAGGGAACCAGGAUUCAGGUUCAGGACCUUUAUCAUUGGACUCUAGUAUAUCUUUGCAUACAAGGGAAUCGGAUGAACAUAUGCGUAAGGCAUCAAGUGUGGACCAUGUGAGUUAUGUUGUAGGUUCAUGGCAACCAGCUAAGGAUUCUGAAGUUCCAGACCCUGUUGUUCACAAAACAACAGAAAGCAAACAGGCAUUGGUAUCAAAGAAUAUUAGUGCAGAAAUAAAACCAGCUGACAGGGUUUCACCAAAGCAGGCACUACGUUCCCAUUCCUUGCAAGGAGAUGAUGCAGGACCUCCUGUUUCUGGCACUGAUGAAAGUGAGCCUGAGGGAGAACGUACACCUCGUCGCCCCCUCAAGAAGGAGCCAAGCAUGAAACGCGUUCCUCCACGUGAAGUAGAACCAGAUCCUGUACCUGAGUUUAUGCGGAUUCAGCUCAACAAGGUUGAAAGUAAAGGUCAAUCUGUUGUAUAUGAAACAGACCAAGAAAAAGGUAAUAAAACUGAUGGAAAAGAUAAGGAACUUCUCAGAAGUCAGGCUGAUCCUUCUGUCAAGGAGACUUCAAUGACAGAAUUGUCCGAUGAUGCUGCAGUUUACAGGUCCGAAUCAAGGGAUGGUAAAUCUUCAUCACUUAGCAAGAGAGGAAGUGCUCAAUUCAGUAAAGCAUCACUGAGAGAUGUUUCACCAUCCAACGGAAAUGUAGAAGUUAUAGAUUCAGAUUCAAAUGUAGAAGGAACCACUCCAGACUCUACUGUGGAACGUGUUGUAUUACGAAAACCUUUAGUGUCUGAGAGAGCACCGCUGAUGGAACGUGCUAGCUCUAUGUCCAGCCAGGGUACUUCCUCCAAAAAUGAGCAGCCUGAGUUGUUUAAGGUAUUUGCUCGAAGAUCCUUCAAAGUUAAGGAUAUUGAGAAGGAAAAGUCCCAAGAGAGUGAUAAUGAUGAAGAGGAGAAUAUAGAAGGAACAAGCGAAGUAUCAGAGGUCACCAUCAUACCUACUCGAGCUCCAGCUGCCUCACCUGCUUCCCCCAUACCCAGUAAAGAGACAACAUUGCCUGCAACCUCAAUAUCUCUCACAGCAGGGCAUCAAAAGCCAAGUCUGAACACCAUUUCCUUCAAUCGUAAAACAGUUGGCAAUCCAGCACUGUCGUUUUGUCCACCACCUGUUACAAAUACAACUGCAGCUGCACCUGGGUCGCCCAAGGCAACAGUACUGGUGGUAUCUGGUAAUACCAGCCCACUACCAGUGAGCACAGAUCUAACUAAUAAUGCAGUCAUUACUUCUCGAAAUAUAAGCAACAUCACUACAACUAGCAGCACGAUGAUUAGUAGUGCAAAUCGAAGCAUUACCACUAUCACCACACCAAAUAAUGCCUCUGUCAAUAAGCCAGUAACUGCCCCCAUUCAUGGUCCCACUGUGCGCUCAUCAAAUGCCAUGGUGACAUCAGAGGCUGGGGUUACAGUUACUACUUCCAGCUCAUCCAUAUUUAGUAAGAUUAUCAAUAGAAGUUCAAGUGUAACAGCGACCAAUGAAGUUAACAAAAAUGAACAAGAAAGUGCUCCAGCCACACCACCUCCAGCAAAGCUGUCCGUAUCAGGCAGAUCUGGAUCAAGUAUUGUCUGGCCACCACGUCCACUGCCACAAGAGGAAACCCAGCCUGCCGUACAUUUGUCUCACACCUCACACGCCAGCGUUGCAGGACCUCAGUCCAAAAAGGUGUCAAGGAGUCCAUCAUCAGUAAGUGAAUCUGAGGAUGCCAAACCAACUGAAGUUACUGAGAGCAAGGAAGGGCCUGUAGAAAUAUCACCACUGGACAUAGGAGCAGCACGACGAAGAUUCAUGAGUGGAGGUAAAGACCGUCCACAAGCACCAGCAACUCCUCCAUCUCAGAAUGUAAGUUCAUUAUCAGCUGCAACAGUGCCCUCUUCCCCAGGAACGGCGUCACUGCUGUCUAAACCAUCAUCGGCACCAGUAACAGAAACUCGUAGUGCUGCUCCAUCCUUUACUGUCACUGUACGGACCCAGUCGCCUGCAAAUGUUGGUCACACUGAUUCUCAAGCCCCAACUAUUGCAGUCACAAACACCUUAGCAGAUAGUAAUGUUACUACUUCUGUAAGUGCUAGCACUGGCAAAUCUGAACAUGGAGUAGCUCAGCAAGCAGCUGAAGACUGGAGGGUGCUUGUGAGGCAGCGCAGAGAAGGAAGGCUGAAGCAGAGUAAGACUCCGGACACUGAAGAAAUAAUUAUUGAGACCCGACCACCAGUUUCGAGGAACAGCAAAGUACUCGAGAUGGCCAACAACUUCCAGAAGCUUCAGGUUGCCUAGCAGAAGUUUUGUCCAGGACAACUCUGGCCGCAAUGAUUAAAAGAAUUGCGAAAAGUCUUUUUACUAUUAAGUGUUGUUGCAAACUACUUGUAUCUGUUGGUAAUUUUCAACCAGGCUAGGUUAUGCACUUGUGAUGUGACUUGUCAUUAUUAUUCUUUGAGGAUCUUUGUUUGUUUUGAUGUUUUGUAUCUUCUCCUUUUUAUCAUAAGUGUUUAUCUACCAUAGCUGUUGCACUGAAUACAUUAAUAUUGGUUUGACACUUCAAUAAACAGUGAUUUUAUAGGAUGGUCACAGUUCUGAAAGUGGCUUGAGGUGCAUUGUAAGCUUGACGACAAAAAGUAGACAGGAAUUAAAUUAGUCUCAAUAAGAAAUUGUAUAUUUGGAACAGGAAUUGAAUUUGCAGUUCUAUUGAAUUUUUUCAUUUAAUCAUAAUUUGUGAUAUUAGUAAACAUUUUUAAUUUUUUUUCUAUGCAGAAGAAAUGCUGUUGACUCUUCUCUUUUUUUUUGCCAGAUGUAAAAGCUACAGGGUUCUAAAUGACAAUAAAAGUAAUGGAAAAAAAUAGGAUUGUGAAUUACUCAUCGCUUUAGGAACAUGAUGUAGGGUGAUACUAGGUUGGACGUGUGACAUAGGCUGUCCUUUUACUUUGAGCCAUCAUGAAUGUUAUACUGGAAAGCAUGUUGUUAGUAAAUUAAAACAACAGAUGUUUAGGGCCCUCUUAGAUGUGGGGAAGAAGAUACUAAUAAGCAGAAGCUAUAAAUAUUUAUGUAAAUAACAUAUAGAUAUGCCUACCAAAAUGUUACAUAAUUAUAGAAUUUUGAAGUGAAGUUAUUUGUGUCAUAACUGCUUGAUGUGAAAAGCAAACAGCUAUGACUAAAGACUUCAAGACUGUGUUGUAAUAAAACAUUUACAAAGAUCUUUGUUUCAUGUAUUAUGUAAAAAAAAAGGAUUAUAAGUGUAGCAAAGAUAACAUAUAGAUGCUGUGUAUAUAAUGUGUAAAUAUCUUUUUUGACAAGAAGUAUGUUUAGUCAUAGAUUAUGGGAUAUACAGGUUUGUCAAAGUUCCAAAUGGAUAUAAUGAUGUUCAUUACAAAGUGGUAAUACAUAUUGCUUUACCUUGUUUUUUUUUUCCUUUUUAUUAUUUUUUUAUUUAUUUAAUUUUCUUUUUUUUUUGUAAAAUUUCUUUUAUUAGUGAACUGUAUAAUUGUAGCUUAUAUAAAAAUGCAAAAUUUCUACAAAUCUCAAAUGUUAGAAUCUGUGGAUAAUUUUAUAUAUAUGAAUAUACACACACAGCUAUCUUACAUUUUUAGUAUCAUGACAUAUUCAUUCAGGUUUGUAAUAUACAUAAAUAAAUGGAAUGUAACAGCAUAAAACUUUAUACCAAAAAUGUAGGACUAGUUUGAUUAACAGAUUCCAAUUCCCAGUGAUAUAUAUAUAAACACAAAGUCCAACAAAUGUAAAUAAAUGCUGAGCAUCCAAAUGGCAUUUUCUUAUACUUUGUGACGUGUUUUACUCUCCAGUUUAGACACUCACAGAAAAAGAACUAAAUAUUCUAUUAUAUUUCAUUUACACGCAGAAAAGAAGGACAUUUGAUCAUAUUCCAUGUAUGUUUUACUACCAUUUCUAGCGCCAGUAAAAUAUCAUGAGAUAAUACACACAGCAGUGUUUAUUAGUAUUGAAGGGAACUUGUGGUGCAUUAGUACUGAAGGGGACUUGUGGGAGACUGAGGUUCUUGCACAUUCUGCAAAAUAAGUUGCAAAAUGCAUGUCCAGCACCUUUAAUGUUUAUCCCGAUACAAGUUUAUUAUAUGCUGUAAUACAACCAUAUGCUAUAUUUCUCCUCCAAACAGCAUUAAUAAUUUCUUUUACCUGUAACCAUCUCUGAGCAUAGCUAUCUGGCAUACUUUCUUUCAUAGCUGAAUGAUUCCUCUGGUUUACCCCUUACAUGCUACAUGACUUUCACACUUUUCUUUUCUUUUUGUCUUUUUUGUUGUGUUCAAUGCUUUGUUAUUUGUAUAGUUUGUAUAAUUUUCCUCUUCUCGUUUUCAUAUUUAACCUACAACCUCUACACAAACUAUUCUACUUUUAUUCUUAAGAAAAUAAUGUCUUAGGGAUAAAUCUGCUCGUUUUCCCCUACUCCUGUUAGAAAUGUUCAGUAAAUUUGAGUAAUUCUACCUACUUUUUCACUAUCCCCAUAAUUCUCCUCUUAACAGAUGCUACAACUAGCAUCGUUAUCAUACGGUGACUGGUACUUAUGGUUCUAUUUGUAAUCUGCUAAUUAUUUUCUGUGAUAAAAGCAAAAAAUAUGGAAAGAAGUGGAGGGGUAUAUUUUUUCUGUGCCCAUUAUUUUUCUCAAACCUCAGUUACACCUUUUUUGGAAUGUGAUCAGUCAUAAUUUCACUGUUUUUAAAGUCACGUUCCAUUGAUAUGGAACUUAUUUUUAGUUUUUCCAUUCCCCUUUUUUUUUUUUUUUUCUUUAGUUAGAUGUGAAUUUACUAUGAAGGAUUUAUGUUAAUUUUUUUACAUUCUCAUUUUGAAGAAACGUGUUUAUAUACAUUCUUGAUAUUCUCUUUUUUUCAUUUAGACAUAUACAAUAUCAAGUGCCUCUGUUUGCAAAGUUUUCAUUGCCUUUGUAACAUACAUGUGAUAUUAUUUUCCCAAAAUUAUAGGAUAUAUGCUAAAAGUUGGUCAAGGCAGAUCAACUUGUGGUUCACUAUAAUGAUGUACAUUAAAUUAAAUACUUGAUUAUUUAGAAAAAAAAAUUUACAAGUGUGUGUCUACAUUAUGUGCCUUUAAUGUACAUAAACAAUGAAAAUGUGUGUUUAUUAGCCCUGUAUCACAGAAUAAUGUAAAAUGGAUAUUAAUAAAAUCUUAUGGUAAAAAGUA